UAGAGAACAAACCUGAACUGUCAUGGCGGUAAUCGUCAUGUUGAGUGAAAAAGUAAAGUGGUAAUAAAAAGUUGAAUUUCACAAGCAAAUGGCCAAUAAAAAGUCGUCAAAAUGUAAAAAUUUACAUUGAAGGCAAAAGAAGAAAUAGAAAAAACGCGUUUAGGGGAAGAAUUUGACAGGUGGAGAAGGAGAAUAUCGUGAUCUUUGUAAAGCGUCGUCAACCCGUAAAACAACCUCUCUUCUGAGUUUCAUCAUUUAAAUUUGCCAAUUUACAUUCGGUUAUUGGUUCCCAAAAAUAUUGGGGAACAAUUUUUUCAAAGAUUACAUAUCACGGUAAGAAUUUACAAUUAAAAAAAAGCAAUGGCAGAUAAUAAAAAGGUAGGCGAAACUCCUAGUGGAGAGGUUGUUAACGGAUUUCGAAGCUGCAGGGAUCUCAGCGAUAUAGUGCCACUUUAUUCAGCACGAGGGCUCUAUUUAAAACCAAUCGCAAAAAUUAACGUAUCCGUUAAUCUUCCACAGCUGAAAACCCCAGGAAAAACAAUAUCAACAUGGGAGGUUAUGGAGAAGAUACGCAUGUUGAUACGACCGGACGAAUUUGCCUCGCUGAAAGUCUCCAAGAGUACAUUGGAGUUUAUCAGAUUGGAGGGCGAUCUGAGGGACAGAUGCCGAUUGCAGAGGGUCCUUGCCAGAUUGGAAUCGCAGCGCUUAAAUCUUGCCGGAUUCAGCAAUAUACUGAAAGUUCGUGCCGCCGAGGCGAAGGAUGAUUUUCCAACGAGACACUCCUGGGAUUCUUAUUUUCGUGAUGCGAAACAUAUGAAUGAGCUGAAAUCUGGUGAGCGACCGGACACACUUCAUGUGCAGGGACUUCCUGUUAAAUGGUUCACGGAGGAUGGCGAAGUUCCCGAUGAGUCAAUGGUGGCAAAGAUUUUCAAGAAAUGGGGCACUCUCAGGCGAAUCGAUGUACCGGCUGCUGAUCCUUAUCGAGCAAAAAUGCGAUUGGGAACGAAUAUUCAAAAGUUCAAUUUUGGUGAGGGUGUAUUUUUUGAUGCGUAUAUUCAGUAUGUUGAAUAUAUGGAUUUUAUGAAAGCUAUGGAUGCGUUGAGGGGAAUGAAACUUAUGAAGAAGGAUGGACAAAAUUGUCUUACUGCCGCUUUGAAGGUGGAUUUUGAUAAAACAAAGCACAUGAGCGAUAGUUCAGUGUCGCAGAGAGAAUUUGAGAGAAAAAGAUUAAUAGCCCAAGAAAAUCUUGCUGCCGAGAAACAACGUAGAAAAGAAGAAUUAGAAACUCGUAAACGAGAAGAGCAAAAAAAGAAAGAAGAAACUGAAUCAGCCGAUAAAGAGAUACGUCGUAAGAAGAGAGAAGACAAACGCAAGAGGAAAGUUUUAACUGUAUUUCGAAAGCAGGAAGAGGAUAAAGUUUCCAUGAAAAUUGCCAGAGAGGAACGAAAAUUAAUCAAGGCGCAAAGGCAGCUGGAAAGUAUUCGAUUACUUGACGAAUUAUUCGACAGAAUAAAAAUAAAAAUAGAAAGAAAAGAAAUUGACGUUAAAUCGAAGGACAAUUCAAAGGAUGGAGGUAGAGACAGUGAUAAUUCGGGCGAUUCAAAGAAAAAAGAAAAGAAGAAGAAAAAGAAAAAUAAAAAGGAGAAAAAGAAAAAAAAGAAAAAGAAGAGUUCUGAUACAUCGUCAGACUCGGAUGAGGAAACAAAGCGAAAGAAAAUGAAAAGCACGUUAAAUAGAAACGUAUCUCAUGAAAUUCCACCAGGUCCUCCAAUGGAUCCAACAUUAUCAAUGCCACCAAUGUAUCCACGUUUUCCACAACCUUGGUACUAUGAUCCAACGCUUCCAAUGAUCUAUCCACCAAUGGGACGUGGAAGAGGUCGUUUUCCCCGAAGUAGAGGUCGAGGUAAUCCCCAACGUGGUCUUAUGAAUAAUCGCUCCCUACGUGGCUUCAAUCCUCAUUUAUAUAACGAACAAUAUUAUAAAUAUUUCGCCAAUCUCGUGGGACAAGAUUAUCGAUCAUACGAUAAUGAAUACGAUCGUGCAUCGAGAUCACGUUCUCGCAGUCGGCGACGAUCAAUUUCACGUUCCAGAUCAAGAUCAAGAUCGAGAUCAAGUAGAAGAAAGAGGAGACGAAGUGAUAGUCGCGACAGAAGUAGAUCGAGAAGUCGAAGCAAAAGUAGAAGUCGCAGUCGUUCGAGAAGAAGGAACAGAUCGAGAUCAAGAUCAAAAUCAAGAUCAAGGGCUAGAUCAAAAUCGAGGAAUAGGUCAAAAUCGAGGGCUAGGUCAGCGUCAAGGGGGAAAUCGAGAACAAGGUCAAAAUCGAGGUCAAGAACAAGGUCAAAAUCGAGAUCAAAAUCACGAUCGAAAUCGAGAUCAAGAAGAUCGAAACGAAGCGCAAAUUCACGUUCGCGUUCUGAAUCGCGUUCGCGGCGGAAUUCGUGGUCGAAACGUAAACGCAGAAGGUCCGAAUCACAGGUUCGUGUAACGAGAGCAAAAUCGCGUUCAGUGUCGGGUAGAAGACGUUCGAGAAGUAGUACUUGGUCGCUGCCAAAAUCGCCGAGGCAGAGAAGUUGUUCCUGGUCGAAGGAGGCAGACAGUGCGGACGCCGAUAGGAAACAAAAGGAAAGUGACGAUAAAAAGGAGAACGAGACGAAAAGAAAUGAUCAAAGAAUAGAUAAAGAUACAAGCAAUAUCGUAAAUCAAGGGAGUAAAAAACCAGUCGACAAUAGAAAUCAAAACGACAAAAAAGAGGACAGCAAGGAAGAAACUGAUAACAAAAAGUCUGACGAAACUAGACUUGAUAAUGCAACUUCCUGAAUUGGGUUUUGCCUCAACAAGUGACCAACUGAUCAUUGUGAUUCAUCCUCAUUUUUUCCCAUAAUUUUUUUUUUUCACUAUUUUUUUGUACAGUUUCAUUUGCGUUAUGUAUUUUUGAAUGUUUUUUUUUAGUUUUUCUAUACGUUGUCUUCCUUUAUUCAAAUAAUUUUCAUAUUAUUUCUGUGAUUUUUCAUAAAGUGAACAAAAAUGAAUUUCAAAGUUUACGAAAUUGUCUAACAUCAACGAAUUAAAAUUUGAUAACAAAAAAAUUUCAUUGAGAAAAAAGAAAUUGCUCAGUGAGAUAAAUUUAUGUACAAGAAUUAAAUUUUUUAUGUAAUUAGAAGCAAUUUUGAAAAAAUUGUAAGUAAUACGGAAUAAAGACUAAUGUUACUUAACGUAUAAAGAAAAAUAUAAUUAUUCGUGAAUUAUAA